UUCUGCAGCCACCAAAAUCUCAGCCAAAAACCAAACACACAAAAUUUGCAGACCAAGAGAGAGAGAGAGAGAGAGAGUGCAGAUGGCAAUGGCGACGGCGCUUCGUAGGCUUUCAUCUUCCGUCAACAAACCAAUCAAGCGUCUUUACAAUGGCGGCUCUCUAUAUUACAUGUCUUCUUUGCCGAACGAAGCUGUGUACGAGAAGGAAAAGUCGCGUGUCACGUGGCCAAAGCAGUUGAAUGCCCCGCUUGAGCUGGUUGAUCCUGAAAUCUCUGACAUUAUCGAGCUCGAGAAAGCCAGACAAUGGAAGGGCCUUGAGCUAAUUCCCUCGGAGAAUUUCACAUCGGUCUCUGUGAUGCAAGCAGUUGGGUCCAUAAUGACUAACAAAUACAGUGAAGGAUAUCCGGGUGCUAGAUACUAUGGAGGAAAUGAGUACAUUGACAUGGCAGAAUCCUUGUGCCAGAAACGUGCUUUGGAAGCAUUUCGGUUGGAUCCUUCCAAGUGGGGAGUCAAUGUGCAGCCUCUAUCAGGAUCUCCAGCUAAUUUUCAAGUUUACACUGCACUACUGAAGCCUCAUGACAGAAUCAUGGCACUUGAUCUUCCUCAUGGUGGGCAUCUGUCACAUGGCUAUCAGACUGACACAAAAAAGAUAUCUGCAGUCUCCAUAUUUUUUGAGACCAUGCCCUAUAGAUUGAAUGAGAGCACUGGCUAUAUUGAUUAUGACCAGAUGGAGAAAAGUGCCACCCUCUUCAGACCAAAAUUAAUAGUUGCCGGUGCCAGUGCUUAUGCACGUCUUUAUGAUUAUGCACGUAUUCGUAAGGUUUGUGACAAGCAGAAAGCUAUCAUGUUGGCAGAUAUGGCACACAUUAGUGGGCUGGUUGCAGCUGAUGUCAUCCCAUCUCCCUUUGAGUACGCAGAUGUUGUGACCACCACAACCCACAAGUCACUUCGUGGGCCACGUGGUGCCAUGAUUUUCUUCAGGAAGGGCGUGAAAGAGGUUAACAAACAGGGCCAAGAGGUGAUGUAUGAUUAUGAAGACAAGAUUAAUCAGGCUGUCUUUCCCGGACUUCAAGGUGGACCGCACAAUCACACAAUUACUGGCUUAGCUGUUGCACUGAAGCAGGCAACAACCCCAGAAUACAAAGCCUACCAAGAGCAAGUCCUCGGUAAUUGCUCGAAGUUUGCACAGACUUUGACUGAGAAGGGCUAUGAUCUUGUUUCUGGUGGAACCGAGAACCACUUAGUUUUGGUGAAUUUAAAAAGAAAGGGUAUUGAUGGUUCCAGGGUUGAAAAGGUGUUGGAAGCUGUUCACAUUGCAGCCAACAAAAACACUGUUCCUGGAGAUGUGUCUGCCAUGGUUCCUGGUGGCAUCAGGAUGGGAACUCCUGCUCUCACUUCAAGGGGAUUUGUCGAAGAGGACUUUGCUAAAGUUGCUGCAUUCUUUGAUGCUGCUGUGAAGUUAGCUUUAAAGAUUAAAGCCGAAACCAAAGGGACAAAGUUGAAGGACUUUGUGGCCACGUUGCAGUCUAGUGAUCCCAUCCAAUCCGAGACUACAAAGCUCCGGCAUGAGGUGGAGGAGUAUGCAAAACAGUUCCCAACUAUUGGAUUUGAGAAAGAAGCCAUGAAAUACAAAAACUGAGGAAGAAGUUCUACAUGCCAGGUACUGUCUUCUUGAGGAUUAUAGGAGCUACUAUGUAAAAUGUCUGAAGCUCUGAUUGUUAGUCUGUAAGAUUGUUUAGUAAGAACUGCUAAUUCAAAUAUUUUUCUCCUUAGUGGCACACGACGAAUCUCUAAAACGUUCUGAUUCUUUAUUCAUCAUUUGUUUGUGGGAACAGGUAGCAGAAUCGAAGAUCAAAUAAUUUUACUA